AUGGACACCCCAGAUAAACACAAUCCAUUCGACGUCCCUCCACCCUACAAUCCCUCUGAAGCAGGAAGCUCCAACCCCGAAUACCCCCUCGACGAAAAAACCUUCCUCCCCCCAAACUCCUCCGAACCAGGCCUAGCAAUAGCAUCAACCCUAACCCGCGGCCUCCAAGUUCCCUCCCGCACAGCAGCCACAACAUCCGGCUUCGCCUACCCAGCCGAGCUACUCGAAUACGGCAUCUCGCAAGACCACUGGGCCCAAUUCACCCAAGUCAUCGUUGACGAGGCCAAGCUUUCGCGCCAACAGUGGAGUACCGUUAUUGGCAAGGGUCUCGGUACACUUGCUAUUGGCGGACUGAUGAUUGGAGUUCUUAGCGCUGUCCCGGCGAUUUUUGUCGCGAGGAAUGCGAGGAAGAGGCAGGAACAGCGGAAUUUGAUUGCUGCUAUGGCUGGUGUGCAGGGGGAGAGGCUUUCGAGGCAUAUUUCGAGUUGGAAUGAGACAUUUUUCAGGCCGAGGGGAGUCGUUAUAAGGGUUGAUUUGCCUGAUGAGUAUAUAGGGGAUAUGAGUGGUAUGGAUCUUCAUCGGACGGAUCGGAAGUGGGCGAGGUCAGACCAGGAGGCGAAGGAGAAAGCGGCGCUUAAGGCGAGGAUUGUUAUUAUUCCACUGGAAGGCGAGGUUUCGGGUCGUUCUUCGAUUACGAGGGAUGAUAGGAGACAAGAAUAG